UUAGCAGUGCUUCAGUCCUGUAGACUGGGCAAUGCUUUAAUACGUGUUCAUGAAGUAAGUGUUUAAAGUAACUUCUGAGAAUCGGGGCAUGUGCUGUACGAUUUUUCUUUUGCAAGGAAUCUGAACAAAAAACUGCAGAACAAAUUGCGGCACUUUGUGUAUACCUGCCUGCGUCGUUCUUAACGGCUCAGUGAAGCGAAACAAACAUUUGAUUGUAAAGACAGCGUUCAGGGAAAAUGCAUUCUCCUCAUGCGUGUGUUACUCGCUGUUCCUGAUUGGACGUAGAUACAGCGCGGAGGGCUGUGCUGGAGAUUCGGAUUGAUUACAGGCAGAACUCGUUCUUGUGUUAUUAUUAGAUCAUUGAACAGUAGAGGAUACCGAUCCCGGAUGUUAGCUGCGUUCCAAAGGGUUCUUCAGAAGAGCACAUGUUUACAAGACUGUACAGAACUCAAAGGUGUAACAAACAAGGAAAGCAACACAGAGGUCAACCCCAGUUCUGUUACAGGAGCCCCAAUAGCCCAAAAUUAAGCCAUGUGAACUUGCAGCUAUAGCCAGAAGUUGUGCAUCACCUGUAGAAUUAACUAAUUUUGCUUCAUGAAGUCAAAUGAAGCCUGCUGAAUAAUGUUACAUUAACAUAUUGAAUCACACACUGCUUUGUAGCUUUCCAUAUACUUAACGAAAAACUUCAAAAAUUCCAAAUUCAAAAAUGUGACAUUUCAAAAUCUAACGUGAAAUAGUGUACUACUAGCAUGGCUUCCGGUAGACUUUUGCAAUAUCAUUUUGUAGUUUCUUUACAUGAUGCUAAAUAAAAUAUCUAAAAUUAUUAUUAUUAUUAUUAUUUUAAUUGCAUCGCAAUACUAAAGUUCAAGGUGAUGCAAAACUUUGAGCCAUAGCUACGAAUACAAACAUCAGAUCUUCUGGAGCUUGGUGGAAUCACCUGGCUGUUCUUGUGCAAAGUGUGAGUCAUGUUCUAGGAAUUCAGCGCUGUGUUCUUGUCCUGUAAGGAGACCUGCAGCCACACGACAGCGUCCUUGGUGGAAUUCUGUUAACGUUGAUUGUCAUCAAACUACAUUCUAGAUCCGUAUAAAGAAAGAACAUCUUGUAACGUUAAACACGGCUGUUUAGUUUUUACAGAGAGACGGAUACUGCGAAGCAUAACCAGGUUCUUUUAUGUCAUUGCUUAGAAACAGGGCUGUUUGUCCCACUCCAGUGAACGGCUUCGACUUUCAUUUGAGAAAAUAAAUAAGUGAACGUCACAGUCGGUCAUUUUAGGAGCUCCCGAUGCACACAAACAGAUGUUACACAGACAAUAGUGGACUAGCUUUACGAAGCGAUUGGUGCAGUGCAGAGCUUGCUUCACUGGAAUGCAUUCAUUUAUUUUUAUAAUUCCUGUCCGAAGGGGCUAUAACGGAAACGUGCAUCUGUCGCACUUUGCAUUUUUCCAUGUGUCUAGAGAAGGGCUUGUUCAGUUGUGGCGAGGUCAUGGUGCUGAUGUCGAUCUCUCUGAAUUUGUUACACGUAUGGGGGGUGGGGGGGCAGUACCCUCUUUUCCAGGUUCUAGUGUGAAGGUUUUGCUGUAGUAAGAUGUUGAGCAACUCCUUAACAUGCCAAGCCUGGCCUAAGAGACAGUAUGUUCUUGACGCAUGGGUGACUUCUUCGAGGGAGGGGCAUCUGCAGGUGAAGAGUAUAUAGAUGCCAGUGCCAAUCAGGUGCUGCACACAGACUCUCUGACACGGCAGGUGUGACAGUAACUACACUGAGAGAACACAGCCGUGCAGGGAUGUCAUCUUGCCAAGACAGCGACUCGCUCCCCGCACGCUCCAAGGUGGGGUUGGCAGGGUUUUCCAACCCAGGGUUGGAGCUUGGAGAGGGGGAAUGUGAAAGAGCCAGGAUGGAAGACAAGAUGGAAGGAUUUCACCUGGACAGUACCACAGGAGCGAGUGCUGGGCAGGCAGAGUCCCAGAAGAGAAGGGGGCUGGCUGUCCGGUUCAGAGGGGUGGAGGUGGAGAUUCAGGGCCGGCAGAUUCUGAGAGACGUCGCUGGCACUGUCCUGCCGGGAGAGCUGCUGGCAUUGAUGGGGCCCAGCGGCUCUGGUAAAACCACCCUGCUCAGCGUCCUCACUGGGAGAAUACAAGCAAAAUCAGGGCAGGUCACCUUAGGUGGCCGACCACUGACCAAAAACCUCAGAAGAAUGUUGUGCUACGUGAUGCAGCAGGAUAUAUUUUUCCCCAAUCUGACUGUGAAAGAUACAUUAAUGUGCCAGGCUCAUCUAAGAUUGCCAGAUUCUGUUACUUUUGCAGAGAAAGAUAAAAUAAUUUCGGUAUUGGUGGAAGAGCUUGGCAUCAAGAAAUGUCUUAAUACCAUUGUUGGGAACGACUUUGUGAGAGGUGUGUCAGGCGGGGAGAGGAAGAGAGUCAAUAUCGCUUGUGAAUUACUGACCGACCCUUCUGUCAUGCUUCUAGAUGAGCCGACCUCUGGCUUGGACUCCAGUACAUCACAUAGUCUCAUCGCCACUCUGAAACACUACGCAGUCAAGCACCAGAAAACCAUCAUCAGCUCCAUUCACCAGCCCUCCUCCCUGAUAUUCCACAUGUUUGAUAAGCUGCUCCUUAUGUCUGACGGAGAGGUGGCGUAUUACGGACAGGCUUCAAGGAUUGUGGAUUUCUUCGCUGACCUUGGAAUGCCGUGCACAGCACACGAGAAUCCUGCUGAUUACAUGUUGGACAAAGUAAAAGAGUCUCCUGAGGUCAGGCAGGAUAUUGUGGACUAUUCUAAUGAAUUCCGUAUCAGCUCUGUUGAAUGCCCUCUGCUUUCAAAGGACGAAACCGACCCACAUCUGCAGUCGAUGGCAGGAGAGCUGUCUGAGGUUAAGAUUGCAGGCACAGAUGGGGAGGGAGCUGGGGCAGAGCUGGAGGAAGUUGAAAGCCCACAGUGGGCCUCCUCUUUCUGGAUGCAGCUCCGCACGCUGACCGCUCGCAAUUUCAAACAGCAGCGGCCGCAGAUCCUGUCCCUCAUCAACGUGAUGAAGACCUUGGUCACGUCCAUCAUCCCCGGGCUCAUCUGGUUUCAAGUGCCCAGAGAGGAGGACCAAGUCAAGGCUCGUGCUGGAAUGCUGUUUCAUCUUGUCCUCUAUUGGUUCAUCACACCCAUUUUCAGAACAUUACCAUCUUACCCAGCGGAGCGUCCGAUAAUCAACAAGGAGCGCCUGGCCGGCUCAUACCGUCUGUCGGCUUAUUUCCUGGCCAAGGUGUUGAGUGAGCUGCCCCUGGCGAUCCCCCAGCUCCUAGUCCACAUCACCAUUUCCUUCUGGCUGACUGGACUCAACGGAGCUGGAGCCUACUUCGCUGACAUGGGCAUCAUCGCAUUGAGCACCUUCACCGCAGAGGCUUUAGGGUUGUUGAUCAGUGUUGUAUUCCUGCGCAUCGACCAGACCAUGGCUUUUUCCACCUCGGUGAUAGUCCUUACGGUUCUACUGGGUGGAUUUUACAUCCAGAAGCUCCCUUUUUGGCUGGUUUGGCUGCGGUACCUGGCUAUCAUCCUGUUCUCUUUCCACGCCACUCUCCAGCUCGAAUUCACAGACGACACCUCUUUCAGGUGUGCGAUCCAGUCCUUCUCCCCACACUGUGCAGCAGCACAUCUGAAUAAUCCCAACGAGACGGCCUACAUCCCAGCCCAGGAGAUCCUGGACCAGUUCAUCAUUCCUCUCCCCGUCUGGGGCAACAUCCUGGUCCUUGUGCUGUACAUGCUGGCUUUCCGAGUGGCCACCUAUCUGGUGCUGAGAUUCGUACGGACACCAGGCAAGUAAACUGGGGGACGACACCUGGAACACACACACACACACACACACACACACACACAGGGAUGAGCAGCAAACACAAACUAGGAGACCAUUCACAUUGAACAUGGGACGCUGGAGAACAGCUGGAGCAGACUGUAAACUGCCUCGCUGGCAGCCACGUCGCCUGCAGAAACAUAUGAAGAAAAGGAGCUGUAUGCCGUCAUCGGAAGAAUGAUUUGUGAAGUUAAAUGUACAUCCUGGCAACAGCGGACUAUUGAACUGAAGGGGGGGGGAGGGGGUGAGGGUGCCCUACUUAGCACUUUAUAAAUAUGCCAUUUACAGUAUGUGAACAAAUUAUCUAUCUAUCUAUCUAUCUAUCAAUCUAUCUGUAUAUCUAUAUAUAUCUAUAUAUAUAUAUAUAUAUAUGUGUGUGUGUUUAUAUUAGAGGUAAUGAGGUUAAAAAAAACCAACAACUCUUUAGUCUGAAGUAAAGGGCUUUAACUUGCACCUGCUUCAAGUGACCAUAAUCAUGUAUUUAUAUCAACAUUAAACUUUACCCAGUUGUGGAUUGUUUGUAACUUUUAACAGACUUCAUUUUAUUGAUAUGCAUGAUUAUACAGCGUGACUGUUUUUGGUAAAAAUAAAGAAACAUUUUAAAAAUU